AAACUCGCGGAACGUUUGUAGCGCAGCGCACUGUCCCUCGUCGAGCUGUUUAUGGUGAGGCACGCAGGCUUGUUUUGCGGCGGUACCGAGCCGUGGCUUGCUUUUACCUGGCGAAACACUCCCAGGACGCCGCUUUAUGUCGCUGCGAGGUUAUGUCUCGUCAACGGUGAUUGAGAAAGAUGGCCGAGGACGAGCUUGAUGCGUUCAGGGAGCGCUGGAAAAAAGAACUAACUGGUCGAAAAGUUUGCGCUCCGUCCCCUCUCUCGGACGUUCCGGGUCAGUCAGGCCCGAGAGACUUGAAAAACAGGUAUUUCGACGACUUCAGGAACCUCAACAAGGCCCGCAGUCCAUCGCAACCGGGAGAGGGCGUUUGCAGCGAGGAUGGGGGGUGCAUUGGUGAGGGGGGAGGAAAAGCUGCGGAGGAGCCCGUGGAUCAGCCGGAGUAUGUGUCCAUUGCCAGCAGCCUGCUGGACGGGAGGACCAGUCCCCUGCUGGACAGGAUUCACGAGGAGAGGACAAGGAGGAAGAGGCAGUAUCACAACAGGACGAAUGUCUGCAGCGAGUCCCUGCGGCUGCAGCAGCUGCAGCAGCAGCAGCAGCAGCAGCAGCAGCAGCCCGAGAGAAAGGUCAAGAAAGACGACGAGCUGGUGGAUCAACUCAUCCAGGAUCUGAACGAAGUCAAUGACAUCCCCUUCUUUGAUAUCGAGUUGCCCUACGAGUUAGCCCUGAAGAUCUUCCAGUAUCUCAGCUGUACUGAGCUGGGCCGGUGCGCACAGGUGAGCAGGGCAUGGAGAGUCCUUGCAGAGGACGGUGUCCUGUGGUUCAGGAUGUGCACACGGGAGGGCUAUCAUCGGGACGCCAGAGUGUCCGACUCCCCCUGCUGGAAGGGCGCGCUGCGAGACUGCAGGAACUCCGCCAGAGCCGUGCGCGCCAAUUGGAAGAAUCGAGUGGGAUCCAUCAGCCAGCUGCAGUUCGAGCUGGGGAAGGUGCUGUGCGACGUCAGCUCCUGUGACAACUUUGUCUUUGCCGGGUACACGUCUGGUGAUGUGAGGCUGUGGGAUACGCUGCACUGGGACUCAGCAGCCUCGUACCUGAAGCCCAACAGCCUGUCAGCAAACACGGACCCCAGACCACAUGUCGGUCACGUCCAGGUCAACACCACAGUGGCUGCUGCUGCUUACGAGGAUGGCUGUGUGGACCUGUGGAGCCUAGAGACCGGCGGGGAGCCCAUCCACCACUACCAGAGCCCAGGGAGGAUCCAGGCCCUUGCCCUGAGCCCCGACAGUCCUGUCCUGGGCUCCGCCGCUGGGCCCGACGUUCGGCUGGACUGUGCUGAUGAUCGCGGCUACUGGAGGACAAUCUGCCAGGCUCGGCUACCCAAGACUGUGGAGAGCCUGGUCUUGGUGCCAGGCAGGGGCCAGCGGUGCCCGCUGGCGGCUCUGGCGGCAGGGGAGGCUGUGCACCUGCUAGAGCCCGGAGAUGACGGGCCACGGACGGUCCACUCAGUCUACGGCCACCCCGUCACGUGCCUGGAUGCCUCCGACUCGCAAGUUGCACUUGGGGUGAAGCGCUCGGGCUGGGCCAUGCACGACGGAGGCAACAAGAUCCACGUCUACAGCCUGGAGACGGGCAAACCUAUGGUUUGUGUCGGCAGCUCGCCGGGAGAUUUCACUUGCAUCAACCUGAGGGACAACCCUCCUCACCUGCUGGUGUGUGGAAACAAAGACAGGAGGGUGAGGGUCUUUGACCUGCGAGCCGGCUCCUCCGUGGCGUCCCUGUACGCUCACCACCUGGGCGUGACGUCGGUGCAGGCGGACGACUGGAAGAUCGUGAGCGGCGGAGGCGAAGGAUUGGUGUGUGCGUGGGAGAUGAGGAUGGGAGCUAAGCUGUGGGAGAUGCACAACAGGCAUCCUGUCAGGCAUGUACGCUUCAACACCAGCACCCUGGUAACAGCCAACGUCCCAGAUGACAAAUCGCCACGGGGGGCCUGCAUCACCGACGAUGACCUUACAGCUCACCGCAGACACCGAGGUGUCAUCUGCCACUAUGACUUCUCUGACGACGCGCUGUCACAGGAUCACAUCCUGCCCAUCUGCAGGUCCGACUACACCGAGUCCUAUGGCUACAACUACAACAUCAGCCUGGCGGUGCCGUACGACAGGCUGUCUGGCUCCCAUCCAUCCCACUGACACGCACUUUCCCAAACUGCAAUCCGGCUCAAUUCCUUCUCCUCCUCUGUCGUCUUCAAAGUCGGAGGGCGGAAGUGGGACAUGACCAUGAGGAACUGCUCGAAGCUAAUCUCCUCGAAGGAGCCC